UCCAACAAAGCUCUACUGACUGGUUGUAACCUCUCAGAGAGAAGCUGUGAAGCUCUGUCCUCAGUUCUCAGCUCCCUGUCCUCCAGUCUGAGACACCUGGACCUGAGUAACAACCACCUGAAGGAUUCAGGAGUGAAGCUUCUGUCUGAUGGACUGAAGAGUUCACACUGUACACUGGAAACUCUCAGACUGAGUGGCUGUGACCUCUCAGAGAGAAGCUGUGAAGCUCUGUCCUCAGUUCUCAGCUCCCAGUCCUCCAGUCUGAGACACCUGGACCUGAGUAACAACCACCUGAAGGACUCAGGAGUGAAGCUUCUGUCUGAUGGACUGAAGAGUUCACACUGUACACUGGAAACUCUCAGGCUGAGUGGUUGUAACCUCUCAGAGAGAAGCUGUGAAGCUCUGUCCUCAGUUCUCAGCUCCCAGUCCUCCAGUCUGAGACACCUGGACCUGAGUAACAACCACCUG